AAAACAUAUUAAUCAGACCUCAACGCCCGUCUCCUUCCCGCUACUGUGCCAAAACAAUGGGAGAAAAAAAGCCUUAUUUCGCCAUGAUCACGGUUCAAAUCAUAUUUGCCGGCAUGCCCAUAGUCUCCAAAGCUGCCUUCAACGGUGGCCUCAACACUUUUGUCUUCGUAUUCUACAGGCAAGCAGUUGCCACGGUUCUCUUGUUGCCUCUAGCUAUAAUAUUUGCAAGGAGGACUGCACCCCCAUUGCCAUUCAAAUUGACGUUCAAGAUUUUCAUGCUUGCGCUAUUAGGGUACACGAUCAACUUAAAUAUUCACAGUAUCGCCAUCAAUCUCACCUCUGCAACAGUGGCCUCAGCAUCAAUGAAUCUCAUACCCGUUUUCACUUUUAUUCUCGCGGUUCUAUUUCGGGAGGAAGUGAUUAGAUUGAAGAGGCGCCCAGGAAUCGCCAAGGCAAUUGGCGUGCUAAUUUGCUUUACAGGAGCUUUGAUUAUUGCAGUUUAUAAAGGCCCUCGUUUAAAUCCAUUCACCGAUCAUCACUCAGUUCUUCAUGGAAGUUGUGAGGAUCAUUCGAAUACUAGUAUAAACAGAACUUGGAUGAUCGGGACUUUUCUUAUGAUUUUAGUUGCAUUUUGUUGGGCUUUGUGGAUUGUGUUACAGGGGGUAUUGUUGAAGGAAUAUCCAUCAUGGAUUUGGUCCUCUGCUCUUGUGAGCCUCUUCAGUUCACUUCAGAGCUUUGUUGUUGCCAUGGCGGUUGAGAGGAAUAUGAACAAAUGGAAGCUGCACUGGGAUGAUGGACUUCUUGCGAUAGCAUAUAAUGGUGUGUUAGUGGCAGGACUUGUGUUAUACUUGCAAACUUGGUGUAUUCACAAAAAGGGCCCUGUUUUUGUGGGAAUGUUCUCUCCCUUGGCUCUUGUUGUCGCCAUUGUAGCUUCCUCAUUGCUCUUAGGAGAGGUUAUAAAUCUUGGAAGUGUCAUAGGUGGAGCCUUUUUGGUUGUGGGCCUUUAUUGUGUUCUGUGGGGAAAGAGCAGAGAAAGGAAGAACGUAAUUAAUUCAAAUGUUGAGGAUGCAAAAGAGAGGAGAAGCUCGCAUGUGGAGGGAGCAAGGGAUACCAUCUCAAAAGUUUAGAGUCCAUAGUGAACUAUGCCAAUGAAU